GAUUGGGAGGAACCAACUACGCGCUCGGACUGUAUUUUUAAUAACUAGCUUUAGUUAGUUGUGUAAAAUUGUUAUAAAGAUAAUUCUUUGGUUUAGGUAUUAAGAACUGUUCCUUUUUUCUAACAGGUGAAGGAUGCCACCAGUCAGGUUUCAGGAAGGAGAGACUGUGAUGGGCCGCUGGCCUGGCAGUAACCUCUACUAUGAGGUUAUGGUGCUGAGCUUUGAUCCCAAAACUCUGCUCUACACUGUCAUCUAUAAAGACGGCACAGAGCUGGAGCUGAAGGAGAAUGAUGUCAAAAGCCUGUCUGGGUUUAGGCAGGGCCUCGGCCGCUCUCGGUCCCGCUCUCGGUCCCGCUCACGGUCCCGCUCACCAGCACGCUCCCGCCGAAGCCGCUCGCGCUCCCCUGCCAGGACAUCUCGCCGCUCCUCGUCCCGCACCUCAGAGCCUCUCAAGGUGAAGCUCAAAGAGGUGCUGGAGGUGCGACUCACCCCUGUGGUAAUACCACAAGAGAACAACACCACCAGUAAACAGGAUAAAGAGGAAAAAGCCACAGAUGGCAAAGCCAAUGAGAAGCCUGAGGAAGAGCCUGAAUACAAGCCAUCCACCCGCUACAACCUGCGGCGCAGGAAGGGCCAGGGCGAUGGCCGACCUCUGGAGCUGGCAGAGGCCUUGGUGCUCCAGACUGCUCUGCAGGGGGCCAGCACGCCCACCCCGCUGGAGUUCGGAGGUCGCGUUGGAGUGGUGUUCUGGCUGCUCCUGCUGCCUGUGUUGGUGCUGGCUCUGCUUACUCUCUGUGGUCAGAAGGAUGCCAGCCUCGUCGGCCUCGCCAGUCUGCCCCUCUCGCUCUACUCCAUCCCCUCGCUCUGGGACUGGAACGUCUUCGCCAUCAUGCUCUUGUGGCUGCUCUUCCAGUCUGUCCUCUCACUGCUGCCAGUCGGAAAGGUGGUUCAAGGAAUGCCUCUGAAGAAUGGAAAAACGUUGAAAUACAGGAUUAAUGGAUUCUAUGCACUGCUGCUCAGUGCAUUGGCUGUGGGUGUAGCUAUGUAUUACGAGGUGGAUCUCACUUACAUCCACGCUCAUUUCCUGCAGUUCUACACCUCAGCCCUGCUUGUCUCCACCCUACUCAGCACCUACCUGUUCAUCCGCUCUCGCUGGGCCCCUGACCAUGAGCGCGCCCCUGCCGGCAAUUCUGGUUAUGUGAUCUAUGAUUUCUUCAUGGGCCGUGAACUCAACCCAAGAAUCAAAAACUUUGAUAUCAAGUUCUUCUGUGAAAUGCGUCCUGGCCUGAUUGGUUGGCUUGUGAUCAACUUUGCUAUGUUACUCGCUGAGAUGAAGCACCAGAGCCUAGACAGCCCUUCCUCUGCCAUGCUCCUCAUCAACGGCUUUCAGCUGCUGUGGGUUGCUGAUGGGCUUUGGCACGAGGAAAAACUUCUGACCAUGAUGGACAUUGUGUAUGAUGGGUUUGGGUUUAUGCUGGCAUUUGGAGAUCUGGCCUGGGUUCCUUUUACUUUCACUUGUCAGUCGUAUUAUCUUGUCAAUCAUCCCAGUGACCUCUCUGUGUUCUGGAUUGUUGCCAUCAUCUUACUGAAUGCUAUUGGUUACUACAUUUUCCGGAAAGCUAACUCCGAGAAGUUUGCCUUCAGAAGAAAUCCUUAUGAUCCUGCCUUGUCUCAUCUGAAAACGAUUCCAACUGCUACGGGAAAGAGUCUCAUUGUGUCUGGCCUGUGGGGACUUGUGCGUCAUCCGAACUACCUUGGUGACAUCAUCAUGGCCCUAGCCUGGUCCCUGUCAUGUGGUUUCAGUCAUGUGAUUCCUUAUUUCUACCUGGUCUACCUGCUGGUGCUGCUGGUGCACCGCGAGGCCCGUGACGAACACCAGUGCAGGAGCAAGUACGGCUCAGCCUGGGAGGAGUACUGCCGCGCCGUGCGCUACCGCAUCUUCCCUGGCCUGUACUGACAGACCCGAUACACACACACACACACACACGCACCCACACACCCUGGGCCGCAAGCAUGCUCCGUGGGAGAACUGUCAAAAACAAACCAAUCUGGCCAGUCUAAUGUACAGAAAAAAAAACAAGGACAGAAAGCUGCUGUCAUUGAGCAGCUUGGCAGCUAUUCGCAUCCAAGAAGUUGUUUUUUAAGAAUUUAUUUUUUUUUUUUAAUUUAUGCAUGUUAAAUUAAAAAAAAAAAAUCUUUUAAUUUAUGCAUGUUAGUUUCAGAUGUGGCCCCAUACCUAAGCUCUCCUGUGUAUAUUAAUGUACAUACAUGUUUUUCUACUUAAAUAUUUUCUGCAUUUGCAUAGAAUAAAUUCUCUUGAAGCCUUUUAUUUUUACCAUAUUUGAAGAAUAAUUGCUUUGCUUUUAUUUUAAUAGUGCUGGUAUAAUGCUUUUGUAUAUGUUGUAUGAUGGAAUAUAAAUGCACCUGUUUGUUUUUGUGUAGUAAGAACAAGCAUCUAUUCUCAGGACCAGUGCUUUGAAAAGAUUUAAAAAAACUGCCUUUUUCUCAUUUUUGUAUAUAGUUUUAAUGCGAAUUGGAGGGAAAAGUCCAUCUUUGCAAUUACAUGCCCUAUGGUAGGCAUCUUUUUCAUAACCAAAAUUAUGAAAUUGGGCUUUGCUACCUCAGGUUUGUCAGUUUAUUUUGUCUUUGGGGCGGGGCUCUCACUGUUUUUCAGAUGGUGAAGGAGAGUAAUUCAAAUGUUUUCAAAGCUAUAAGUACCAUUUUCAAGCAAUAACUCAUGUCUUUAAUCCUUGCUUUUUGCAGACCUGGUUGUAAUGUAUAUGAUGCACAACUGCAUAGUUUAUACAAUUGUUUUCAGUGGUGUCUUCACUGUUCAAGGGUUUAUAUAUUUGACAGCUUUUAAGAGGAACCUGCAACUUAAACCACAAUUAAGUGAUAUCUAAUUCACUUAAUAGUGUUUCCUUCUAAGCUAAUGAUCAGUGUAGAUAUGACCUUAAGACUUACCUGGCUGAAGUGUUCCGUUUUUCAUAAACAAUUCAAGAAGCUGUAAAUGUAAUUUUACAGUGAGGGGAGAUGACUGAAAUACUAUAACAUACGCUUACUUACGAAAUGUAUGCAUAGCUACCAGAACCAAGAACAACUGUGGUAUACAGGCAAAACUGCAUUGUAAAAAAAGUGAUUUGCAAAAAAAUAAAAGUUUUUUUUUUUUUU